AGCUUGUAGGUCAAUCAAAUUAAAAAAAAGAAACCCAUAGAAUAAAGCUUUUCAUUUGCAUAAAAUUCACUUUUUGCCCUAAUUACGGCGCAGAUUCGAAGAAUAUAAUAAUUUUGCGUAUUAACAUUAACAUUAUACUAUUUUCCGUAGCUUAUAUAUCUACCAAGCUUUUCCGUAAGCUCAGUUUCGAAAAGGAAGCCCUGAAAAGCCUCAGCAGACGCCUUUUUUAUUGACAGAGUUUUAAAACUAAAGUUACAACAUGAUGAACGAAUUAAGAUCUUUGGAGCAUGCUACGUUAAAGGUGCCAUAUGAAGUGUUCAACAAACGCUACCGCAAUGCCCAGCGGGUGCUGGAUGUUGAAGCGAGACAGGUUGGUGCUGCUGCUGGGGAGUUGGAGACUGCCGCCAAAGCUCCGAGCACCGCUGGAGAGAUCGAUGUGCUUCUAGGAGGCAUGGUGGAGAAACUCACAGCAAUGAAGCGUAAGGCAUCUGAAGCCAUCAGCGAGGAGUUGCAGGUGGCACUAGUGUGCAAGAAGAGGCUGGAGCAUAUCAAGGAGCAGGCUGUCUCGCUCAACGAGCCGAGCACGCCGCAAGUGCGAACGACAGUGAACCAAUGGCGCCGCACCCGCUUGGAGCGCAUGCUGGUGGACUACUGCCUCCGCAGCGGCUACUACGACGCCGCGGCCAAGCUGGCCGACGCGCGCGACCUGCGCGACCUUACCAACGUCGAUAUCUACUGCGCCGCGGCUGAAGUGGAGGCCGAGCUAAGGAAUCGUCGUACCGCACGAGUUCUGCAAUGGUGCGCCGACAAUAAGUCUAAACUGCGUAAACUCGGCUCCACCAUCGAGUUCAAGAUACGGCUGCAGGAGUUCAUAGAGCUCGUACGCGCCGACCGGCGCUUGGAAGCCGUGAAAUACGCUAAGAAGCACCUCUCCCAGUACGAAGAAGAGCAACUCCAGGACAUACAACAUUGUAUGGGCAUGCUGGCGUUCCCCAAGGAUACAGAGGUGGAGCCGUACCGCUCGCUGCUGUGCCCCGGGCGCUGGGCGGCGCUGGAGCGGCAGUUCCGCGGCGAGCACGCGCGCCUGCUGCACCCCGCGCGCCUGCCCGCGCUGCCCGUGGCGCUGCAGCUCGGCCUGCACGCGCUCAACACGCCUCAGUGCUACAACGAGGCCACGAAGGUGGCGGCGUGCCCCGCGUGCGCGCCGCCGCUGAACGCGCUGGCGCGGCAGCUGCCGCACGCGCACGUGUCGCACUCGCGCCUCGUGUGCCGCCUCAGCCGCCAGCCGCUCAACGAGCACAACCAGCCCAUGGCGCUGCCCAACGGACAGGUCUACGGCGAGAGGGCUCUCCGCGAGAUGAUGGACGAGCACGGCACCAUCGUGUGCCCGAAGACCAACGAGGUGUUCUGCAUGAAGCGCGUCGAGAAAGUCUACGUCAUGUGAAUACUCCUUACUUACAUAGCGCUAAGGCUACUUGAAGGUUGCGCUCGCAAGCCUAUUGAAAAUAACAGCAAAAUGUAUUUUUAAUAUUCACUUACAUGAUCAGUUUAAAUCUGAGAGUAGAUAAAAUAAAACGAUUAAAGUCACAAAUAGAGCGACCCGUUUAAAAAAACAAAAGUUUUUCAAUACAGUUGAGUUGAAUCCUACUUUUGAGUUAAUAACUUGUAUUAGGAGGAAUUCGCUCUUUUAUAGGUUCCGGAUUCCGUUUGAGUUGACCGAAGUUAGUGUGUGAUACCUAAAAUUAUUAUGUAAUUUCCUUCUAUUUAUGAUUGAACUAAUUUUAAAUAAGGGGUAAAUUCAGUUCCUAAUUGUAUGUACGAUCAGAUUUGGACUGUCUGGAGUAGAUUUUAUAAGGGUGACCACACACACAUUAAACAGUUUUUUAUUUAUUUAACGACUAUCAAUUAAAAUAAAUCUUUGCUGCUUGCGCAAAAAGUUCAAUUUGAUUUAGGAAACAGCUUGCGGGUGCCAUAUCUUAUUGUAUAAACUUUUAUUUAAGACGUCAGUCCGAAUCUCUUGGAUUUGCCAUAACGACGGACGUUUUUUUAAAUAUUUUAUUACUUAUAUUAUAAUUGGGAAAGUUGUAAAAAUAAGGAAUCGAAAAGCAAUAUACAAAUCGCGAUCACAAUAUCUAAAUAUGAUAUUUUAUUUACAACAUGUUUCCAGCAUACAUUUAUAUGGCCGAUUGUAAAUGUGGAGUUUAUUUACUGGUAUUGUAGCCAAAAUGUAUAUUUUUUUAAAGUUUAAGGUG